AGUGUUCACGAUAGCAAAAAGAUGGAAAUAACCUAGGUGCCCAUCAGUCCAUGAAUGGAUAAACAAAUUACGGUAUAUUCACACAAUGGAAUGCUAUAAUGAUAAAGAACAACGAUGAAUCCGAGAAAAAUCUUACAGCAUGGAGGAACCUGGAAGUUGGGCGUUCGCAAGACUCUGCGUAUCUCAGGACUCUGUACGUCACCAGAAGUAGGAAGAAAAAUGAGCACAUUCAUGGAAUCGUUGACAUUCAAGGACGUGGCUGUGGUCUUCACUGAGGAGGAGCUGGGGCUGCUAGACCCUGCCCAGAAGAAGCUGUACCGAGAUGUGAUGGUUGAGAACUUCAGGAACCUGGUGUCAGUGGGAGGCAAGAACCCAAGGCAGAUGGAGACUGUUCCACAAGCAGGAGCACAGGAGGAGCUUUCCGGCUCACAUAUCUGGCAACAAGUUGCAAGUGACUUAACCAGGUGUCAAGAUUCUGUGAUAAAUUAUUCUCAGUUCUACAAACAAGGAGAGAAACCAUACAAAUGUGAGGAGUGUGGAAAGGGCUUCAGGUUUGCUUCACAACUUCUCAUCCAUCACAAAGUCCACAGUGGAGAAAAACCAUUCAAAUGUGAAGAGUGUGGGAAGUACUUCAGUAGUAGAUCAAAUCUUCAGACUCAUCAUAAAAUCCACACAGGAGAGAAAUCCUAUAAUUGUGAGGAGUGUGGGAAGUGCUUCAGGCAGGCAAUACAUCUUUUGACCCAUCAGAGAGUCCACAGUGGAGAAAAACCAUUCAAAUGUGAAGAGUGUGGAAAGAGUUUUUGUCAGAAUUCAAAUCUUCAAACCCAUCAACGAGUUCAUGAUAAAAAAAAGCCAUACAAAUGUGAAGAGUGUGGGAAGGGCUUCUGUAGUAAACAGAAUCUUCAUGUUCAUUACAGAAUUCACACAGGAGAGAAAUCCUAUAAUUGUCAGGAGUGUGGGAAGUGCUUCAGGCAGGCUGCACAUCUUUUGACCCAUCAGAAAGUCCACAGUGGAGAAAAACCAUUCAAAUGUGAAGAGUGUGGGAAGUACUUCAGAAGUAUAUCAAAUCUCCAAGCUCAUCGUAGAAUCCACACAGGAGAGAAAUCUUUUAAUUGUGAGAAGUGUGGUAAGAGCUUCAGGGUUGCCUCACAACUUCUCAUCCAUCAGAGAGUCCACAGUGGAGAAAAACCAUUCAAAUGUGAAGAGUGUGGGAAGUACUUCAGUAUUAGAUCGAAUCUUCAAACUCAUCGUAGAAUCCACACAGGAGAGAAAUCGUAUAACUGUGAAGAGUGUGGGAAGGUCUUCAGGCAGGCUGUACAUCUUUUGAUCCAUCAGAGAGUCCACAGUGGAGAAAAACCAUUCAAAUGUGAAGAGUGUGGGAAGAGUUUCUGUCAGAAUUCAAACCUUCAAACCCAUCAACGAGUCCAUAGUAAAGAAAAGCCAUACAAAUGUGAAGAGUGUGGGAAGUACUUCGGUACUAGACAAAAUCUUCAGGUUCAUUUUAGAAUCCACAAAGGAGAGAAAUCCUACAAUUGUGUGGAGUGUGGGAAGUGUUUCAGGCAGUCUGCACAUCUUUUGACCCAUCAGAGAGUGCACAGUGGAGAAAAAACGUUCAAAUGUGAAGAGUGUGGGAAGUACUUCAGAAAUAGAUCAAAUCUUCAAACCCAUCAUAGAAUCCACACAGGCGAGAAAUACUUUAAUUGUGUCUCAGGGCCAUACUCUUGGGGUUUCUCCAGUCUCUGU